AUGCAACCUAAAUUGUAUAGCACACGAUCAACCCCCAGAAUUUUGACUGGAAACACAAAAUCACCGAAAUAUUUUUCGUCUGUUAUUUCUUCAGAAAUAAAACAGUCUUCUCCAAAGCUCUCUUAUGGCUUUCCCGCAGAUAUUUCUCCGAGUAAUAUUGCGGAUUCCUCCAAAGACUCCUUGCUGAAAAAAACGACACCUCGCACACCUAAAACAUACUCAAACCCAUUUUCCCUUACUUCUCAAACUCCAAAAUCCUCAAAAUCUAUCAGAAAUCCAAUUGCAACUGUAGCUACCCCACGAAAUAUCACGACUAAGUCUUUAACACCUCGUGGCUCUUCCUUAAACCCUAAAAGCUCUGAAACUCAGCCCAAACAGACUAUAGUUAGCCCUUCUUCUACAAAAAGUUUAUUCCAAAAAAAUUCGAAAUCUUUAAGCUCAACUGAUCCGAGGAAAAAAAGUUCACAACAAAUAUCAGCAAAUCUAUAUCAGUCUGAUUCUGCUGAUCCGCAUCUUGGAAGCCCAAAAACUGCAGAAACUAAAAACCCUCUAGCUCAAAUGAUAACUCAAGUUAAAACUUCAGAAAACCCUAAAAAUAGUUAUGAGUUAUCUCCUGAGGAAAUUCAACAAAAAGCGGAAUCCAUAUAUAAAGAGCAUUUAUUUCAGACAUUUCAAGCUCUGAAAUUUGUGAGAAACUUACAACCUGUAGAUCAAAACCAAUUGCAGCUGAAAAGAAUUAACCUGCCUAAAAAGGCUGCAUUUUUGAACAAAAAGACAAUAAUUUUUGAUUUAGAUGAAACUUUGGUGCAUUAGAAUUAAAAUUAAUUAAGAUUAUAAGAAAAGCUACCUGCAGGCCUUCUCAGGCUAUUUCAUUUCCGUAGCGCACCUCUCCUUGCUUCGGGCCUCGAUUGUUUCUCCUCACAGACGAGACUUGCACUCUCUAUUCGCCGUGGAUGCUGGGUCACUGUGCUUAAGCUUACAGUGUUCAGCUUCCAGAAAAUUCGAAAAAUGAAUUUUCUGAUCACCUGUUAGACAAAAUGCGAACUCAAAGCCCAGGAUGCAACGCCUGAUAUUGCGAUAGGAACAUUCCUGAUUGAGCAGAGCAUGCGGUUGGCUACCCGACAUUGCUCUCCGCUAAGCCAAGUAAAACCUAACCGGAUACACACUACUAAAUGCCAUCCUCCUUACCACAAGGUACCUGGGCUACCCCAGUUGCAGGUGUUACGAGUAUGGGUUAUUCGCCAUGCGAUUUUAAAAUAUAAAACUUUAGUGCAUUGUUGUGAAGAUUUAGCGACAUCAAACCCAGAUGUAAUACUUCCUAUUAUUUUUCCUAACGGUGAAACUAUUAAUGUAAUGAGUAUAUAGGCUGGAAUCAAUAUACGCCCUUAUGCUAAAGAAAUCCUUGUAGAAGCUAAUAAAAACUUUGAAGUCAUAGUAUUUACUGCAAGCCAUCAAUGCUACGCAGAUGUGGUUUUGGAUUAUUUGGAUCCAACUCAUGAAUUAAUUCAUCAUAGAUUAUACAGAGAUAAUUGCAUUUUUUCGCAAGGGAUCUAUAUUAAAGAUCUAACAUGCUAAUUAAUAUCAGCCAAUAUGAAGUAUUUUUACCAAAAAACAUUUAUAUGCCAAUUAAUAUAAUAAUAUUUUUAAGUUGAUUGCGAAUUUAAUAAUAUAUAUUAUUAUUGGAUUAGGAAGUAAGAGUUUUGGCUAAUCGGAGGAUGCAAGAUAUAAUCAUCGUUGAUAACGCAGCUUAUAGCUUUGGGUAUCAAAUAGAUAAUGGGAUUCCUAUUAUUUCAUGGCACGAUGACCGAUAUGAUAAAGAGCUUCUUAAUCUUUCAGAUUAUAUCAAGGUCUUGGCAAAAGUGCCAGAUAUUCGUGAAUUAAAUCGAAAAACCUUUAGACUUAAUACAUUUUAUGAAGAUUACAUUGAGCAGUUUUUACAGCUAGACGAGGGAAAGCCUAAAGCUUCGUCAAGAAAAAUUAAAGGAAAACCAAAGCAAAACUAG